CACCCUCAGGUCAAAGGUUGAUUUAGAGGAGACUCCAUGUUCGUGUGCGUGUGGGGUCUUGACUUAGUUUGUGAGCAUUUGGACCCUUCCUUAGUGUCUAUAAAUCUACCCAGAGGCGUAGUGUUUUAACAAGGACAUCUCUUCAAAUUCAAGGUCCAAGAUGAUGACGAUAAGGGCAUUACGAAGCCCACAGUUGGCUCUAGGUGUGAGAGUCUGCGGCCGGUGCUGGAGGCAUGAUGGCCCGAGACACCAGCGGGCCGACCCGCUAGGCACGGACGGGGCACGCACGGAGGCGAAGCAAGAGGUGGACGGGGCAGAAACUGCCGCACGACCGAAGGGAUUCAGGACAAAGGUCGUCGAGUUCUUUAGGCCUGCAGGGAAUGCUCUUAAUGAGGUGAGAAAAUUAGCAAACGAAACAUUUACCCAGAUGAAGAGAGAUGACCUGGAGCAGUUGAUGUUUGAGGACUCCCGCAUCCUCUGGAAGUUCAGAGGUCCAGAAGAUCUAGAUCAGUGGCUAGUGACAUCAGACAAGGAGAUGGGGGGCAAGAGUGAAGCAUAUCUGACCCUCUCUGAGAACAACACUGCGUUCUUCCAUGGUGUUACAAACAUAGAAGUUCCCAAAGAUGGGGUCACACGAUAUUCUGGCUACGCAGCCAUGCGGUCCAAACAGCGAAAGGCCGCCUUCAACAGAAGAAGUCAGAUGGAUCUCACACCUUUCAACAUCCUGAACCUGCGUGUGCGUGGUGACGGGAGGUCUUACAUGAUCACCUUGGCACCAGAAAGCUACUUUUCUUCACAAUGGGAUGAUUUGUGGUGCUACUUCUUCUUCACAAGAGGAGGGCCACACUGGCAGGACAUACAGAUCCCCUUCUCAAAGUUCUUCCUGACAAGCAAGGGGCGUGUGCAGGAUGCCCAGAGUGCUGUACCUAAAGACAGAAUCAACACUAUUGGCAUCACCCUGGGAGACAAGAUCAAUGGGCCAUUUGAGCUGGAGAUAGACUUCAUGGGCGUGACCAUGGACUUGACACACAAGGAGGAGUUUGCAUAUGAACAGUACUACCAAGGACCGAGGAGGAAGAGAUUCACCAAGAAACCAUUGCUGUCCACCAAAGAUUGGUGAUGUCAGACUGCUUUACCAGAUAUCAGGGUUAUACUUUUGUUUUUAGAAAGUACUACGUGCAUGUAGUAUGGAAGUAGGAAAUGGAAAAAGAGUCCUCUGUAUGUACAUGAAUGGGAAAUGGGAAAGGAGAUGUGACAGUCAUCCCCUCCUUCCACAUUCACACAACUGUUACCUUCUGCUCAAGCAUAUACAAUAUACAUAUCCAUAGGUUUUUUGAUCAAUAAAUCUGGCCUGUGAUAUCUGGAAAUUCUGGUGUGCUUUACUUUGAGUUGUUUGUAUAAAUUCUUGAAUGCUCCUGGGUCUGCUAUAUAAAGCAGGUGUCUUUUUGUCUCGGUUGAUAUGUGUGGCUAACAAAAGGGUAAGUAGCAAUGUGCCAUAGUCAGGAUGAAGUGAAGGAUUGCUGUGUGGACAUAUACAGUGAAGAAAUACUUUAUUUACAGCUCAUGUUUCAUACAAAGAAUUCACACCCAGUUCAACAGCAUAGAAUUCAACCUAAUAUAACAGAUAAGGUUUUAGAAGGCAUUAAAAAGCU